CUAAGAUAGCAGGAAGAGUUCGCUUUAAAAUCUUGAGAAAAACCGCCAUGACUCUCACUGAGAUUAUCUUCGUCUUGACUGGGACUUGCGCCAUCCUGGUUUUUGGAGGGAAAAUAGCUAGCCUUAUUAUGAUGCUCAUCACGAAGCUCUUCUGUCCUCUUCCUGAGGCUUUUUUCACCUCUCUGGGGAAAUGGGCAGCUUUCGAAACAAGGGAUGAGUGUGAUCAUCAUCAGCAGAAAUCAAGAGAAGCUUGACAGAGCUGCCAAAAAGAUCGAGCUCAAUACAGGAGGGAAAGUCAAAGUAAUAGCUGCUGACUUCACCAAAGAUGAUAUUUACGGACACAUUACAGAAAACAUCGAGGGAUUGGAUAUUGGCGUGUUAGUGAACAAUGUCGGGAUUCUGCCCAGCCAAAUACCCUGCAAGCUCCUUGAAACAUCUGACUUGGAAGAAAGAAUAUAUGACAUUGUCAACUGCAAUGUAAAGUCCAUGGUUAAGAUGUGCAGAAUUGUACUACCAGGAAUGCAGCAGAGAAGAAGAGGAGUCAUUCUGAAUGUGUCUUCUGGAAUAGCCAAAAUACCAUGUCCCAUUUACACCUUGUAUGCAGCAUCAAAGGUUUUUGUUGAGAGAUUUUCACAAGGUCUUCAAGCUGAAUAUAUAUCCAAGGGUGUUAUUAUUCAGACAGUGGCUCCAUUUGGGGUUUCAACAGCAAUGACAGGACAUCAGAAGCCAGAUAUGGUCACAUUCACGGCUGAGGAGUUUGUGAGAAGCUCGCUGAAGUACCUGAAGACUGGUGACCAAACGUAUGGCAGCAUCACUCAUACUUUACUGGGCAGGAUCGUGCAGUCCAUUCCUACCUGGGUCCUGCAGAGUGAAACAUUUCAGCAUCACUUUCAGGAAUAUGUGAAGAACAGGGACAGAAGAUGAGAGAUGGCAUUCUCAGACUUUAUACUGUAUAUAGUAUUGCACAUUUGAUAUGUGUGUUUCUUUGCACUAAUUAAAACGAAGCUGUGUGUAAAAAAAAAAAACGUAAGACUGGAAAAGAAAAAUGACAGGCCACUGUUUUUCCAUGGUCCUUCAAAAUAUGCUAAAUCAGUGUUGAUAAUGGAAUCAUUAUUAAUGGUAAUCAUAUCAGCAGACUGGAGAUAGAGGAGUAGUACUGACCUUGAUAACAUUAACGGAAGGUCAGUUUCACAAAGGCCAAAUCACAGAGUCAGACAUGUGACCUUGUUGUUGUUUUUAUUAUGUUUUCUUCCAGAUUAGAACGUGUUUAGGCUUAUAUAUUUUCAAACCAUGGUUGCAUUGGAAACAACAUCCAAAAACACAUAUUUGGCGCCACGCAGUGGUUAAAUUUGGUUAAAUCAUCUUUAAAAGCUGAUGAAAUGAAAUGUAAUCAUUUUGUCAUUACACUGUAAAAACAAAAACAAAACAAAAAAAUAAUAAAAAUAAAUAAAUGGGUUCCACACAAUUAAUUUGUGUUGGGGCAAAAUGAAAAAAAAAUUAAGCUAAGUUAUUAUUAUUUUUUUUUUAAUUUUUUUUUAUUUUUUUACAAAUUUAAGUUAAUUGAAUAUGAAACAAUUAAGUAGCCAACCCCUCAAAAAUUGUGUUGUUUAAGUUCAAUUUAAAUAGGUAGUAUGAACAAACAGCAAAGUGAAAGCCAGUAUUUUACUUUCAUGUGAUUAAAUUCUCUGUAGCCACUUGAGGAAAAUGCAAACCCUUUUUGUGUAGUUAAUUAUAUUAUUAAUGUAUACCAACAUAUCAUAAAGGAAAAAAGGAUUUGAAGAAUGACAUUAGAAAAAAGAAAUUCUAAAUCACUUGAAAUUUUCAAUGCUAAAUAAAUUUUAUCUACAUUUAAAUAAAUUGGCACUUUUAAAACACAACAUUAAUUAUAACAUGAUAAAGUUAAAUUCUGGCGAUUCAUUCCGUUGUGGCGACUCCUGAUUAAUAAAGGGACUAAGCCGAAAAGAAAAGGAAUGAAUGAAAGUUAAAUAUUAAUAACAUAAAAGUUUCCACCAAUGGGUGUAAUGUUGAAAUAUUCAGUAUACAUUCUGUUGUUGGCUCAAAUAUAAAGACUUUAAUUUUUCUAGUCUUUGAAGUCACAGAAUUAAAUGACUUAUUGAUUCAAAA